AUGGCAGACAUCCGCUUCAUUUCGUCGAGUAUGAUCCAGGCAGGGAAUCCCAGCAAAGAAACUGAGAGAAUAGAGCUAACACCAUGGGACCUCAAACACCUAUUAGUUAGCUACAUCCAGGAAGGAGUGCUCUUCCACAAGCCUAAACCCAAGGCUGAUGAACCCCAAAACGCCAUAAUCCACCACUUGAAAACCUCCCUUUCACGUACGCUCCACUUCUUUCCUCCGCUUGCCGGUCGCCUUGCCACUCUUAAACAUGAUGAUCAAACCACUUCCUUUUUCAUCGACUGCAACAAUGCCGGAGCCUUGUUUGUCCAUGCCAUAGCUGAGCAACUACAGGUAUCCGAUCUCUUGGAACCUGUCUAUGUUCCCGAAAUUAUCGACGCCUUCUUCCAAUUCGACGGAGUUAAGAACAUUGAGGGCACUUCAAAACCAUUGCUUGCUGUGCAAGUAACUGAGCUUGCCGAUGGCAUUUCCAUUGGUUGCAGUAUCAAUCAUUCUGUUGUGGAUGGUUGUUCGUUUUGGCAUUUCUUUAAUUCUUGGUCCGAAAUUUCUCGUGGUUUUGAUUAUUUAUCUAAGCUUCCCUUAUUUAACAGACCGGUCAUUGAUGAUAUAGAUUACCCUAUUCGGAUUCCAUUAAAACAGGAGCAAAUUCAAGAACAUUCCUUUCAACCAGAUAAUUUGAAAUUAAGAGUUUUUUAUUUUACAAAACAGAGAAUUGUGAGAAUAAAAGGAAAAGUUAAUGCUGAGAUGAAGACCAACAAGAUUUCAUCUCUUCAAGCACUCUUGUCUCUAUUUUGGCAAUCUAUCGUUCGAAAUCGGCAGUCUGAUCCAAAGCAAGAGACCAUGAUUUUCUUAGUAAUUGGAGUUAGACAAAAAUUGCAGCAGGUAGCAGAAGAGUAUUUUGGGAAUGCAAUUCAAGGUGCAAUGGUGAGUUUGAAAGUAGGAGAGCUGGUGGGGAAGGGGUUUGGAAAUGCUGCAUGGGAAAUCAACCAGAUUGUUGGGAAUCAGAGUGAGGAAAACUUGAGAAAGUGUUUCAAGUCAUGGGUAAAUAGGCCUUUGCUGUUCCAAGGAGGGGCAAUGAUGAACAAUGCUUUGUUAAUUGCAAAUUCACCAAGGUUUGAUAUAUAUGGGAAUGAUUUUGGAUGGGGUAGACCGAUUGCAGUGAAUUUGGGGGCAGAGUUCAAGAUAGAUGGGCUGUUAACCGUAUCUACGGGAGUUGAACAAGGAGAUAUUGAGAUUAGAGUUUGCCUAUCGGUUGAGACCUUUCAGGCCAUGGAAAAUGAUGAACACUUCAUUGCUGCACUCAACAUAUGA